GAAGCGUUUUUCAAGAAAAUUUGUUCAAAUUUCUGUAAAUAAUAAGUUCUAGAAUGCAUCUGCCAGCAAUGAUUGUUUCCGUUUUUGGAACGGUCCUUGCUAUCUUAUUGACAUCUGUUGCGAAAGCAUCGAUCAUAAGCUGCCCACCUAGUGCCAUUCAAGAGCAAAUGAACCCAUCUCUAAGACAACUUUGUUUCGCAAUCGAACAGGCUGUUGAAGACAUGCCCAAACAGUAUGCCGAUAGAUUGGAAGAAAGAAAUACUAACUUAAAUGACAAAAGACAAGAUGUUGAUCAUGUCUUUUUGAGAUUCGGGAGAAGAUUAGGUUUAUAAAUGAACACAGUUUAAAGUGGAUUUGAAGAAAUAUUUUUCAUCCUAUUGCUUCAAUAAAGAUAUUUAUUACAUUGAGUUUCCCACUCCUUGCGAUUCAAUGUUAUUUAUUUGCGAAAGUGAAUUUAUAAUGUUAUUCAAUAAAUGAUAUUAUCUUUAUA